AUGCGCCUAGUUCUCAUUGCCGAAAGUCUGGGCUUGGGGGAUGGAGGAGGAGAGGUGGUGGUGGUGGUGGUGGUGGUGGUGGUGGUGGAGGGAGCCACUGAGAUGCGCCUGUCACAGCCUCUCUCUGUUCGCUCGCUCCGAGUCAUUCUGCGCAACGAGGCAGGCUCAACCCUGACGGGUGGCCAUCAUCCCAAUGGCGACUCCGAUUCCCAACUCUCCCUUGAAGGAGAGCCGAUCGGCAUCCGCGAUGGGUUUGUCCAAACUUACCCUAUUGCUCCUGGUCGUGGUGCAUUCUCCAUACUUUGUCCGUGA